ACUACACAAUCUGCUCUUGAAGCAACAUGCCGGCAGAGCAUCCAAAGGCUUGCUCUCAGACUGGCCAAGGAUAAUGUCACUAAGUUGGUCGCGAAACAAGUUGGCAUGGAGGCAAAGAAGUCAUUUCGAGCCACGAGAAGGCCGUUGUUUCUUGCCCAGACAGAAUGUGAGAUUGGCUUUCACGUGAAGGCAUACCUCUGCAUGGGUAAAGAGGAUUCUGCCAAAGAAGGGUCGGCUCCGGAAUUUGGAAUGAACAUCAUAUUCGAUCCGAAGAGUGACGCCAUCAUGUUGUUCAACAGGAAUAAAGGGGAUGAGCAACAAUUUAUCACGGUCAGAAAAUGGCCUAUUUCUAAUGCGUGGGUACCAAUCAGGAUCGGGUCUUCUGAAAGAGCCAUGCUUGACCCAGCUUCAUACAGCAUCUCUUGGUCGGGCAAGCAUAUUCUCGACAUGACUGUCUUCCCACGCAGAUAUAUGUCCUUGGUCCCGCGGCAUCUCAAGCCACUGACGAAGAGCAGGAAGAGAGCUCUCGAGGAAUUGGCGUCACAGUCCAGCCCCCCGCCAGUCAAGAAGUCCAAGACAAAGAAGGCAAGCGAUGGGUCGGAUGUCAGCACCGCUAUCCAGAUCGACGACGAUGUCGUUGCUGUAAGCGGGCCCGCAACCAGCAGCAGCUCAAGGUCUAAGUUCAACCUCAUCAACGACUUGUGCCAUCCCAUGGAAGCGCUCAAGCUACAUGAUGCCAUCAAGGUGGUUAGCUCUAUCGAGGAGGAAGACUACACACUUGCUCGCAAAGCCGAUAUAGCGGUUCAUCGGAAGUCGCUCGUCUGCAAGGCCCGACACUCGGACGUUGCGGGAGAUAAAUUGAUUGUCGUCAAACUGUUGCGCAGCCACUCGGAAAUUGAUCAUAAAGAUGACAAAGUCAUGGGUAUUGACGUCGUAGGCGAACGCUGGCUGAAGGAAGUAAAGCAUAACUGUAGAGUGAGCGAGCACGUAACGAUUGCCAGCAUUUAUGACUUCGACGCAAGGUUUCUGACACUCUAUAUGGAAUACAUUGACGCUCCGAGCCUGGAUACUCACAUCAAUGGCGAGAAAAAUCCGUAUUGCACCCUGGACAGCAAAGACGCAAGACAGGUGCUGCUUGACAUGACUGAUGCCAUCAACUUUAUUCACCGCAAAGGCGUCAUCCACAAUGAUAUCAAGCCCUCCAAUAUCCUCUACUCCAAGGAGAGGGGCGCGGUUCUCAUCGAUUUUGGCUUGGCAACGACCCGAUCUGCCCAUAACGGCGGAACGCGGUGGUAUAUACCGCCCGAAUAUGGGAGUGACGGUAAACGCGGGACCCCUGGCGACAUCUUUGCGCUUGGUGUUGUUUUGCUGUUUCUCUUGCGCAAAAUCCCGCUGCCAGAAUUACAAUCGCCGCUCUUGGUAUGGGAUAUUCGCAUGCUUAGAAGACGCGGCGUGGUAAACACAAAGGCCUCAGCCGUACGGGCUCAAUGGGGCAGUAUUGUUGAUGAAGCUGCAGGAAAGCUCAAGGAUAUGAUUGAUGGUGAAAUUCAUCCGAAGGUAUUGAAAGUCAUUUCUCGAAUGGUGGCCCCGAGACCCAAGGAAAGGGCUACGGGAGAUCAGAUCGUGGGGACAGUUAAAGAGUACGACCAUGUGGGUAGUAAGUACGUGUUUACGUACCAGGAUGCGGAGAUUUACUAG